AUGACGUACCGUCCCGCCGCCAGGAUCUCGCCGCCAAAGGGUUGCGAUCGGAGAAGGAGCGUAGUAGAGCGGGGCGUGGAGGGGGGGGGCAAGACGUCUCUUAAUUCAAGGUGGCAAGACGUCUGCAGCAUGCUCGGCGCUGUCGGCGACGACGGUGAGACUCCAGCUUUCGACGCCUUCGUCAGGAAUGACGAUGAUCUGAAGGUGUGCGAGGAGCUGAGUCUAGACGAUAUCGCCACCGCACACCAGCCUGCCGACGGCAUGGGUGGAACUGGAGAUCCGUGUUCCUGUCAACCUCAGACUGUAUGCUCCACUCCAGAAACCAGUGACGGUAUCUUGAACAUUGACAUCAGGAUAGUAACACCACCCUCAGGCUUGGAGUGUCAGGCUGGGUUUGUCUACUGCUGUGUCUCCAGCCAACUCCAGUGUGGCAUCAGGAAUCUCAACCUUACUUCCCCUGUACCUCCAAAAGAUGGACAGACAAAGUUUGGAGAGUUUCCAUGGCAAGCGCUUAUCAUCAACUUGGACAAUGAUUAUGUUGGUGGGGGAGUAGUCUUGGAUGCUUUUCACGUUCUUACUGCAGCUCACAAAGUUGCAAGCAUUGAUAAAGCAGAGCUAGUUGUGCGUGUGGGUGACUGGGACAUACAGUCUGAACAUGAGCCACUGGUUCACCUGGACACACGUGUAGUGGCAGUGACUGUACAUCCUCAGUACAGUCCCCAGACCCUCGUCAAUGAUGUGGCUGUACUCACUCUCUCUCAGGUUCUCAGACUGUACCCUGUGGUUCCACACAUCAAUAGCAUCUGUCUACCUCCACCCUCAGCUAAUUUCACAGGCAGCAAAUGCUGGGUUUCUGGAUGGGGUAAGGAUAUGUUCGGCCCUGGAGGUAAUUACCAAGCGAUACAGAAGGCUGUGGAUGUGACAAUCUUGAGUGGCAAUGAGUGUGAGAAGCAGCUUCAGCUGACAAGGCUGGGACGUCACUUCACCCUGGACCAGGAGAGCUUCUUAUGUGCAGGCGGUGAGAAGGAUAAAGAUGCAUGUACGGGUGAUGGUGGAUCUCCGCUGGUGUGUGAGAAGGAAGGACGCUGGUGGUUGGCAGGUCUGGUAGCCUGGGGAGUCGGUUGUGCUCUGCCCAAUGUUCCCGGAGUCUACGUCAACAUCCCUGCCAUGAUUACUUGGAUACAUCAGUGCAGUACGUCAGUCUUCAGCAUACUCGCUCAGUGA